AUGGACAAGAGAAAAAAUGUUGUGGAUGUGUUCGCGAGUGCGAAAAGAAGCCUAGAUCGAGCUCGCGAGCUGCUGGUCCCGUGGAAGAGCUUCGACGACGUCGUGCGCGACAUGUAUCGGCCGGUGGACUCGGCAUGCCUCGGCGUCGUUCGAGCUCUCUUCGGCCUCUGCAUGAUGAUCGACGUGGUCGAGGAGCGCGGCCUGUCCCGCUUCCCGGAUAGAUGGUCCGAUCCCCGUACCUGUCGCUUCCCGCUGAUUCACGGCUGGCGUCCGCCCGCCAAUCCGGACGUCCUCUGCCUGGCCUGCUACGGCUCCAUGUGGCUCGGCGCCCUCGGGCUCUGUCUGGGUCUGCGCUUCAGGCUGAGCUGCGGCCUCUACGUGCUGAGCUACUGGUACCUGCUGCUGCUUGACAAGAGCUUCUGGAACAAUCACUCGUAUCUCUUCGGCCUGACGGCUCUGCUGCUAUGGGGCACGGGGGCUGACGGAUACUUCUCGUUGAACCCGCGAAAAUCGCCGCACGUCCCCGCAUGGAACUACUCGGCGCUCAAGUUCCAGUACCUGGUGCUGUACUUCGUCGCCGGCCUGAAGAAGUCGGGCACCGAGUGGCUGGCCGGCUACGCCAUGGCGAAUCUGUCGCGUCACUGGCUCUUUCGGCCGGUGAGAUGGUGCCUCGGCGCCGAGCGCACCGACCUCUACGUCGUGCACUGGCUGACCUUCGGCUUCGAUCUGAGCGUCGGCCUGCUGAUGCUGCACGACGCCACCCGACUGCCGGCCAUGCUCGCCUGCGUCCUGUUUCACGCCAUGAAUUCGCGAUUGUUCAGCAUAGGAAUGUUUCCUUACGUGUGUCUGGCCACAAUGCCGCUCUUUUGUCGUCGCUACGACUGGCCCCGGAAGCUCUUCCAGCGUAAAGGCGGGCCUCGCUUAUAUUCGCCGACGACGACGACGACUGCAUCCGCGGAACCGAUGAUGCGUUACGCAGACCGAGGCGAUGACAACAACAGUAGUAAGAGCGGAAAAAAGGAUUUGCCGCUGGUGCGGGAUAACGACCGCAUCGGGACAAUGAGCCGAAGGAGAGAACGAAGGAAGAGGGCCGUAAUGACAGUGAGCAAGAGUCAGCGGCUCGUCGUCGCUCUGCUGACGGCCCACGUGGCCCUGCAGCUGUUCCUGCCCUACUCGCACUUUGUCACCAAGGGCUACAACAAUUGGGUGUCGGGCAUGUACGGCUACUCCUGGGACAUGAUGGUGCACGCCUGGGACGUCGCGCACGUCGUGGUGCGGGUGCGCGACAACGAGCGAGACCAGGACCAUUACCUCGAUCCGGGCAUCUGGACGCUCAACGAUCGCUGGGCCAGGCACCCCGACAUGGUCAGGCAGUACGCCCACUGCGUCAAGGUAUAUGUUGUAAAUUGCCAACAGUUCAUCUUAUGGCUAGCUUUUGGUUGUGACCAUGGCCAAUUGUCACCGAUGAUUGGACUGUCGUCGAACAUCAGCAUCUACGUGGACGUCUGGUGCUCGCUGAACGGCCGAUUCCAGCAGAGGCUGUUCGAUCCGCGGGUCGAUCUGUUGACGGUCGAUUGGCACCCCCUCAGACCGGCCUCUUACCUGAUGCCGUUGCUCGAGCAGUUCACGGCUUACAGACCGGAGCUCGACAGGAUCGAGCGCGAGACCCUGGCCUGGUCCGAAAGUAGCGACGUCCUCUUCGUGGCCGACUAUCCGGGCCUGAGCCUCGAGCAGUAUCUCGGCCGCGAGCUCGACAACGUGACCCUUCGUCUAAUCGACGGCAAGAUAGCCGUUGAACAAGCAGAAGAAGAAGACGAAGAAGACGAAGAAGAAGAAGAAGGAGGAGGAGAGGUAGGAUGCAAAAGCAGCGGUGGCGAGCUUAGGACAAUUGUACUCGAUGCAAGAGCUGCUGCUGCUACUACGCUGAGCCUGCGCACCGGAAGGUAUCACAAAGUCCGCACGCUGGGCCGGCAUCCGGCCUGCUACGCGUACACCUUCGUCAACCGGACAAUGGCCCAGAAGCAGCUGGCGGCGGCGGCGUCGUCGUCGUUGCACCACCACCACCAACAACACCAGAGGAGGAGGCAAGAGCAAGCCGACGACCAUUACUACUACUACAACUACUACUUUCGAUUGGCCUCGUGGCUGGGCAGGAAAGCCGAGGCGUACGGCCGGUCUCUCGCCUAUCUGGCCGGUGCAUUCUCGAGGCUCGUCAACGAGCUGCUGCUGUCGCUCGUCGUUUAG